CUCCCUGUCAGCCCUGCAGUGAUGCUGAGGUGCUGUUAGCGGUCUGCACCAGCGACUUUGUGGGGAGGGGCACCAUCCAGGGGGUGGAGCAGGAGGCGGAGCAGUUGUCGGUCACCGUGGCGAUAAGCCGCCUGUACAGACAGAAGACUCAGGUGUUUGUGUCAGGGGGAGUGAGAGUGAGGAGGUGGACAGGCAGGGUGAGGAUGCCCGGGCAGUGUGGGGUGAGGCCCGGCCCGGGGAAGGGAGACUUCCUGUUCACGGGGAGCGUACGGUUCGGGGAGGCCUGGAUGGGGUGUGCYCCGAGAUACAAGGACUUCCUCAGACUGUACCAGGAGGCAGAGCAGAGUGGGACUAACCCCUGUCAGGUGGACUCAGACUGAGGGUCAGGGAGCUACCUGGCCACACCCACAACAACAGGCCUCUUCCUGAAUGGACAGCAGACUCAGGUCUGAGCCGAAUGUGGAUACUAACUGAGAGGGGUGCAGACAGACACACAGACACACAGAUGGACAGACAGACUGGCCCAGACAGACAGACACCUUCUGAUCCUACUGUCUUCCUGCUCUGGAGCUCCUGAAUGUUGCCAAGCAGCAUUGCAACUGUUGGACUAAUUUCUCAAAGCCAACAUUGUUGUUGUUGUUCCGGAAUGUUCAUAGCCUGUUCCCGGAAUGUUCUAAGACUGUUCUAGAAUGUUCUAAACCUGUUCCAUUGAGGUUCCAUUGGAAUGUUCUCAGACUUCCAUUCUCUGAGACGUACAUCAACUGUCAGGUGAUGUGAGGUUUGUAAUGUAGCAGACCUUCUCUGGAACUGAUGUGUUUAAAAUGUGAACCAUGAACAUUUCUGAAACGGAGGAUCCAACUGCUUUGUGAAAAGCUUCAUGUACAGUUUUGAAGAUGUUUCUUAUGAAAGAAAUGUUUAUAUUUAAAGCCUGCUUCUUUAUUUUAAUAAAAAU